CAAGUUUGAUUACAUUUAGACCAGUCGUCGGACAAGUCGCGAAAUGUCAUCAGACUUUCGGUUGACUAUAAAAGCAUAGCUAAAUUGUGGAUUUCUUUAAGUUCUGUUUCGCAGUUUGCUGACUGACAACAAAGAAUCCUUGUUAACAUGAAGUUUGUGAUUGUCUUCGCUUGCCUUUUGGCCCUUGCCUACGCUGAUUCUUCUACGAUUGUUAAAGAAUACAAUGAAGUGAAUCCUGAUGGCUUCAAAUACGUCUGGGAAACUUCUGACGGAACCUCAGUUAAUCAGGAUGGGCAGCUGACAGACCCACACACCCUCUCUGUUAAGGGAUCAUAUGAGUACAUAUCGAAAGAAGGCAAAACCAUCAAGGUAACCUAUACCGCCGAUGAGAACGGCUACAAGCCCGACAUUAAGCAGACUUAA